CUUAGAAGUUUUGUUUGGGGGCCAGCUUUCUCUCGUCUUUCCAGGCUUUUGUGAGCGCAAGCAAUUGCAGAUUGAGAUCAGAGGCGGCUGCACAAUGUUGCUGAUGUUAGAUAAGACUCAUCUUUGGGAAGUAAGGACAUAGCUCUUUAUUCGUUCCUGAGCAAGGAGCAAUUUGCUGAGCCGGGGGGGUCGCGGAAUGUUCUAGAGAUCCAUUGGAAUCAAUGCUCUGUUGCAACUAUCAAAGGCUGUCAAAGCAACUUCUCUACAGCGUUCGUGGUUGUGGCACAUAUAUUCUGCAACCAAAAUACUGGUAAAGCUCCAUCCUUCUUUGUAGCUGCCGCAGCAGAACCUCGCCUCCCAAACCCCCUCAAUGGUUGAGCACAGUCGGCUACGGCUCUAAUUGUCCGUAGCAAACGAGCGUUCUGCUUCAAGCUGGAGCUGUGAACUAGAGAGGGAAGAAGUUGAGCCAGCGUUGGAGGGCUCAUCCACCAAGCUGGAGAGGCAGCCUCCAGCUGCUGCUACUGGAGCCUGAUGAGCGAAGUGGUGCUGCCGCCCGCUGGCUCAACGAACGUGAAUGUCUUUGUCACAGGACAGCCUGGGGUUGGAAAGACCUCGCUGGUGCUGAACGUUGCUGGGAAGUUGCCCCAGCACCUCAUUGCUGGAUUCUACACCGUAGAGGCGCGGUCCCCCGAAACCAAUGAGAAGAUUGGGUAUGACGUCGUCACAUUGACCGGAGAAACGGCCCCACUAUGCCGAGUGAAGAAGUGGCAGGGGAAUCGUGUAGAGAAGGUCGGGAAGUUUUACGUUGCGCUCGACGAAUUUGAGAAGGUCGUGAUGCCAACCCUCACGCCCAGCCCGAACAUCAAACUCCACGUCAUCGACGAGGUCGGCCGGUUGGAGCUGUGCAGCCGACCAUUCCAGGACGCCGUCACAGCUCUCCUUGCUUCCCCGGACACAGUGGUGUUCGGCUCCCUCCCUGCCCCUCGGUACCGGCAUACGAUCGACUUCGUCGAGGACAUCAAGCAGCGGCCCGACACAGCUGUCCUAACAUUGAACAAGAACAACCGCGACGCCACCGCCAUCCAAGUCGAGUCUCUUCUCUCGCGUCUCCUCAACGGAGACCACACGGGCGCCUCGGGGUCCCAGCAGACCGGGCAACCGCCGUCGCUGCCGCACGGAACGGAAGGCCCCGCCGUGUCAAAUCACUCAGCCGUAGGUGGGCUGGGGUUCCACCAACACAUCGACGGAGCCGAUGCAGGAGACCACCAUUUGGCGGGCUGGCCUGAAGAAGACGAGGGGGAAGGGGAGACUUCGGAGGGUACAUAUACAUUCGUAGAAGGCGUCAUGGUUGACGAGCCUCCAGGACCGCCGGAUUGGAUCGGACCAAGUGAACAUAGGGACGACGCAUAGAGAUCAGCGACCGCGCGGCUUUAUAUUGGAGCCGCAAAGAUACCGCUUAAUCAGAUGCACGCUGACGAUACAGAUAUCCUUACGCGGUCAAGGUGGUCUAUAAUAGAUGUUAUCAUUUGAAAAUUGAGUCAUAGAUAAAAGCCAAUUUAUAAUAUGGUCACAAAAAGAUAGAAAAGAAGAUAAUCAGUUUCUCACAAACUUCUAUUCUCUGUAAAAUACAAGCAGAGCCUGCGCAGAUAGCAACGAGAUGUAUAAUCUUGGAUCUAUAAGGAAAAGUCAAAGAGUAACGGUCCGCAACAGCUCGAAAGACUUGCAUGUUGCAGAUUGGAGUACGUUAUAGGUACCUUUACCAUCCUUGUAUUCUAGCUUGCAUCAAUGUACUUGCGAU